ACAUUCCGAGAUUCGUACACGUGGCGAAACACGCUACCCGAAGCAGACGCCACCGCCGCUCCUCUCCUCCGCCGCCGUCGGAGCACGCCGCCGGCGAUAUCCUCCGGUAGACCUCAGGCAUCGCGGCAUCACCACCCUCUGCCCGGCUAGCGGAGCGGAGUAGUCCCCGCCGCGCGUUCGCGUGGAGCUCGCAAGCCUGCAAGUCUGCAACCAGCAUGGCUCUGGGCUUCAUCUGGAACCGGAUGCUCGCCCGCCGACGCCCGCGUGGUGUUCGACGUAAUGCCGACGAGGGAUUCCGCUCGUGGCCCGAGCCCCCGCGAGGAGCAGGAGGGGCGCCGAGGCCAGGGAGCUCUUUAGUUUGACAUGAUGCCAUCGGGGAAUGGCUAAUCGUGGCUGACAAUGAUCUUCUAGCUAAACCAAGAGGAAGCAUAUCUGCAGAGCGGGGGGAGCUUUCUGACUUCGGUUUCGGUGUGCGACGCUGUACUGUAUUGCUGUCAAAUUCUGUCGAGCUUUAGCAGAUACUUGGAUUGAGACUUGAGCAGAUAAGCCGAAGUAGAAGAGGCAGAGUGCUUUGGUGCUAUGGUCGUCAGAAUGGAUUCGGAAAGUUUCUGUGUGAUCUUUCUACUAUUUUUGACGAUCUUCAUGGCUUCAGAGUUCAGACACCGAUUUUUGGUCGAGGCCAGGAUAUGCCCAGAUGGAAAUUGCUUACUGAAAGUAUUCAUUAUGCUGGACCUCACUCCGUUCUAUUCUGAGGAUUCCUUACAAGGCUAACAUCGAGAAGCUCAAAACAACAUUUUGCCAAUUGGUAGGUAUCCUCUGUGUCCAUGGCUGACAGAAGCAAAGGCAAGGUGAAGUACUGGAGCAUUAAACCGCUUGUUUUUACUCAGCUUCUGUUCAGGCAACUCAUUUCUCAACCAAGAUUUUAAGCUGCUAUAUGCAAAAUACUAGAUUUCCUCUGUAUAGUUGUCCACCAUCUUAAAAUUUUUAAAACAAAACUAGCAGAGAAAACGUCUCCAUCUUAUCACCCAAUGGCAGCAUAUGCACAGAACUGUCAUAACAGACAAGAUAUUUUCCCCCAUCUCUCUCCAAUUGGAGACCACACAGUAAGGCCCCACAAACAGAUUGCUGCUCAAACAUUUCUACAUUACCACAUAGCCUUCUUUGUUUCUCCCUCCCUCCCUCUCCAACACACCAAUCCCAUCCCCAGUGUUCAGUGACCAUGGCAACCAGUUAUUGCUCCAUCUCCAAUCCUCCAUUAUCCAAAACUUCCUUUCCCAAUAAACAGGUCCCAGGUUGGGUACUUCGAGCAAUCAGCAAAGGCAAGGGCAACUACACUGGUGGUAUUUAUACUACAACAAAGAGGAAUUUAAGAACUGGGUUCCAUGUUUGUGCCGUCAAUGGAGGUCAGGGCACUCGCAAUGUGUCUGGGGCAGAGUUCCCAAGCGAUUACACUGAACUUCUAGCGCAGGCAAAAGAAGCUGCUGAGUCAGCUUUUAAGGAUGGGAAGCAGCUAUUGGAAAUUGAGUUCCCUACAGCAGGACUACAAUCUGUACCAGGUGACAGUGAAGGUGGAAUUGAGAUGACUGGAAGCAUGCUUCUUAUAAGAGAAUUCUGUGAUCGCUUUGUCCCUGCUGAGAAAGCUACAAGAACCAGAAUCUUCUUCCCUGAGGCAAAUGAAGUUUCAUUUGCAAGACAAUCUGCCUUUGAAGGAUGUUCCCUGAAGCUAGAUUAUCUAACAAAACCAUCCCUAUUUGAAGAUUUUGGUUUUACAACAAAGGUCAAAAUGUCAGACCGUGUGCGUCCAGAAGACGAGAUAUUCCUCGUGGCUUAUCCCUAUUUCAAUGUCAAUGAAAUGCUUGUGGUUGAAGAGCUUUACAAGGAAGCAAUUGUUAGCACAGACCGAAAACUGAUAAUAUUCAACGGGGAACUAGAUCGAAUAAGAAGUGGGUACUACCCUCCUUUCUUCUACCCAAAGCUAGCGGAACUUUCCAAAACAUUUCUUCCAAAGCUGGAGACAGUUUAUUAUAUUCACAAUUUUAAGGGACUCAAAGGAGGAACACUUUUCAGGUGUUAUCCUGGGCCUUGGAAGGUUCUGAGAAACAUAGGUGGCAGUUUCUUCUGCUUGCAUGAACAAGAAGAGAUGCCAUCACUGAAGGAAGUGGCCCUCGACAUCCUUCCUUCUGCCUAGAACUUUUCAUGAGUCAUUCCAAGCAUAAGCCAAGAAAAUGGAGAAGGGAAAAAGCCUAAAAGACUACAGGUUAUUUCUCCCUAUAUGUUGAUGGACUUUCGUUGUACAUAAGGAGAGCUAGGAACGGAUGUAUUGCUCUGAUGUGUACAUGCAUCUGUGCAUCAAAGUGAAUGCAUGGUUUGGUGCCUUGAUGGCGAUCAAUAUUUGUCCUGCCAAAAAUUAAGACUUUUUUUUUUGUCGGGAUGACCGAAGGAGGUCAUCCAAUGUUAUUAAGAUAGAGGAGGAAAAAAAUGUUACAAGAA